CUCUCUCCCCCUCUCACACUCAAGGGAGGGGGGGGAGCUUGGGGGGGAGGAAAAAAAGAAAAAAAAAAAAGUACGGGCUGGUGUCCCGACUGGCGGGCUUGGGCCCGUGAUCCCCCGGGGCUGGUCCAACCCGAGCUGCAGCGGCAGCGGCGGAGGUGGAGGCGGCGGAGGCGAAGAGGGAAGCAGCAGCGGCAGUGGAGGAGGCGCGUUCGGCGUUACAUGCAUCCGUUGCCGCUCUCCGCCGAGAUGGAUUUCAGUCAGAACAGCCUGUUCGGCUACAUCGAGGAUCUGCAGGAACUCACCAUCAUCGAGAGACCGGUCCGUCGGAGCCUCAAGACACCAGAAGAAAUUGAAAGACUAACGGUUGAUGAAGAACUCAAUGAUAUUGAAAGGGCUGUUUAUCUACUCAGUUCUGGUCAAGAUAUCCAAGGAACAAGUGUGAUUGCAAAUCUCCCCUUCCUGAUGCGACAGAAUCCUGCAGAGACACUUCGAAGGGUUUUACCAAAAGUCAGAGAAGUCCUGCAUGUUGCAGGGGUGGAAAUGCAAUUAACUGCAGCAGCUUCAUUUUUGACCAUUCUGCAAGAGGAAUCAGUAUCAAUUCAUACUUAUUCCCACUCAUUCCUACAUAUCAUUCUACAGCAUGUGGAGCACAGGGAUGCAGGUGUCAGUAAUGCAUGGCUGGAAACUCUCCUAUCAACAAUAGAAUCUCUGCCAAAAGACAUAUUAAGACAUGAGAUUUUGAAUCCACUUGUUUCCAAGGCACAGCUGUCCCAAACACUCCAAUCUCGUUUAGUGAGCUGUAAAAUUUUAGGAAGAUUGGCCAACAAAUUUGAAGCCCAUAUCAUUAAAAGAGAAAUACUUCCUCUGAUGAAAUCCCUCUGCCAAGAUGUAGAAUAUGAAGUUCGCUCUUGCAUGUGUCAUCAGUUAGACACCAUAGCUCAGGGUAUAGGGGCAGAACUAACCAAAAGUGUCGUGCUUCCUGAAUUAAUAGAACUAACUAGAGAUGAGAGCGGCAGUGUACGACUUGCAGCAUUUGAAACUUUAGUUAAUCUGCUUGAAGUAUUUGAUACAGAUGACAGAAGUCAAACUAUACUUCCUUUAGUAAAAUCGUUUUGUGAAAAAUCUUUCAAAACAGAUGAAACGAUUCUUCUUUCUUUAUCUUUACAUUUAGGAAAACUAUGCCACGGAUUGUAUGGAAUUUUGACUCCAGAUCAGCACUUGAGAUUCUUGGAGUUUUAUAAGAAACUCUGUACAUUGGGUUUGCAACAGGAAAAUGGGCAUAAUGAUAAUCAGGCUCUACCCCCAAACCUAGAGCAAGAAAAGAGAUAUGCAACAGUGAGAAAGAACUGUGCUUACAACUUUCCAGCUAUGAUUGUUUUUGUGGAUCCUAAGAACUUUCAUAUGGAACUUUAUUCCUCAUUCUUCUGCCUUUGUCAUGAUCCUGAAGUGCCAGUCAGACACACUAUUGCUAUUUGCUUCUAUGAAGUGUCUAAGCUUCUUAGUUCUGGAGUAUAUUUAAUACAUAAAGAAUUAAUUGCGCUAUUACAGGAUGAAUCACUGGAGGUUUUAGAUGCACUUGUAGAUCAUCUUCCAGAAACCCUAGAACUUUUGACCACUGGUGGUGAAAGCAGUGUUCAAGAGAACAAGUUAUUGACUGUACCUGACCUGAUUCCAGCUCUGACAGCAGCAGAACAGCGAGCAGCAGGCUCCUUAAAAUGGAGAACUCAUGAAAAGAUACUGCAGAAAUAUGGCUGUCUGCCUCAGAUCAUAUCAAGUGAUCAGAUUUAUUAUCGUUUUUUACAUAGAAUGUUUGCAAUCAUGAUGACAAAUAAUGUCUUGCCUGUACAAAAGGCAGCAUCUCGAACUCUUUGCAUUUUUCUACGGUAUAAUCGUAAACAAGAACAGAGACAUGAGAUCAUUCAGAAGUUAGUUGAACAAUUGGGCCAAGGAAAAAGCUACUGGUAUAGACUUCGGUUUUUGGACACCUGUGAAUUCAUUAUCGAGCUCUUUUCCAAAUCAUUUUUCUGUAAAUAUUUCUUUCUACCUGCUCUUGAGUUGACACAUGACCCAGUAGCAAAUGUGAGAAUGAAACUCUGCUACCUUUUGCCCAAAGUGAAAUCUACUCUCAAGAUUCCUGCGGACAAACAUUUACUUCAGCAGUUAGAAUUGUGUAUAAGAAAACUCCUCUGUCAAGAAAAAGAUAAAGAUGUUCUAGCUAUUGUAAAACGAACUGUGUUAGAGUUGGAUAGAAUGGAAAUGUCUAUGGAUGCUUUUCAGAAAAGGUUUUAUGAAAAAGAUUUGUUGGAUCAAGAAAAAGAAAGAGAAGAGCUCCUUCUUUUGGAAAUGGAGCAACUAGAAAAAGAAAAGCAGCAGAAUGAGUCACGAACGAGCAGUGAUAAAAUCUUUGAAAAGAAACGUAAAGACAGUAAAACAUCAACCGUGCUACAAAAAAACAUUCCUAUGUCUGUUGCGGGAUCAUCUUCAUCUGUCCCAUCUACAAGCAAAGAAACCAAGAAAUCCAAAUUGGUAAGAAGCCAGUCCUUCAGUAGUCAAGCUCUUCACCCUAAAUAUGGCAACUUAGAAAAGUGUACUGGUAAAAAUCCUACAACAGGAUAUACAACUUCUGUCACAGGGGCUGGAAAGUCUUCUUUGCUUUCAUAUACUGAUGAUUCAUUCCGGACCCGUAACUCCAGUGGUAAUUCAUCUUCUUAUUCUAAUACCUCCUUACCAAGUACCUCCCGUAAUAUGAAUAGCUCAGUUGACCAAAAGAACAAUGGAAGUAAAGAUACUCAGCCUCGAAAGGCUACCUUAAAAUCUAGAAAAUCAAAUCCUUAGAUCACCUGAUAGAUAAGGAAGAAAACCAAAGACAGCUGGAGGUAAAGGGAUUGCUCAGCAGAAG